AUGUUCAUGCACAGCGGGGACAUGAUGAUCAUGUCCAGCUACAGCCGCCUGCUGUACCAUGUAUGCCCCAGGAUUCUGCCCAACCUGGAGGGGAAGCUCUUGCCUUCUUGUCUGGAGCUGCCUCUCUCAGCUGACCUUCCUGAAGACUCUGUUAUGGAACCCUGCUCUCAAGAGGACAAGCAGGUCUUUGCCAAAUAUCUGCAAACAUCCCAUAUCAACAUGAUUGUCAAGCAGGUACCAGCUGAAGGUCAGAGCUUCCCAAGUGAAGCCAGGACAGAGAGAGACCUGGAUGUUUCCUCCCUAGGCUCUUAUCAUGAGGAGCACAGCAAAAUAAAAAAGCACAAGUCUGGUAAAGACAGCUGA